GAGGAAGUGCGCGGUGAGGGUCUCUUUCGCUCAGAGGCUGUUGGUAGUGACGGUUCGGUGCGUGUGCGAGUGGAGCAGUAGCCCAUUGAUUCUUGUUUUCUUGUGAGAAAUCUUAAACAGAAAGUACAUAAAAUGGCCGAUAAAGUAUCAGAAACCAAGGAGGAAACGAAGGAGACUACCACGAAGGAUGUGAAAGAGGCGAAAGAAACUGUAGAAGAUAAGAAAGAGAAGGAAGUUGAAGACAGUGGACCUAAGGAAAAUGGUGCUGUCCAGAAGGAUGAAUCAGAGGAUAAAACUGACGCUGAAGAGAGCUCAGAGAAAAAAGAAUCAGAUGCCACUAGUGGUAAGAGGAAGUCAGAGUCGCUUGAAGCUUCUGAAGAUGCUGGAUCUGAAGGAGCAACCCCGGAGAAGAAAGCCAAAGUUGAGAAGAAGAAAGAAUCCUCUUCCAAUGGAGAGGCUACUGCUUAAUCAGUUUUUGGCUUUUUGUCUCGGGACCAAUUAACACUGAGACCAGUAUACUUUGUCCUAUCAGAUCCCUCUUUUUGGAAUCCAGUGUUCUUAGACAUUCCUGUCGAGGUAUAGAAAAACAUUGUUCAGUUUCAUUUUCAAAAUUCGGUCAUACUUCACUUGGUGUCUUUGUUCUUUAUAGCUGCUGUAAGAUAACCAGCAAGCAAGUUUGCUUAUGGUGUAAAGUGUGUUUUAGGUUUGACAAAAUGGCUCAGAGACUUAACUUUUGUGUGAUGUAGUGUUAGGAGGAAUAUUAAUUUUUGGAGAAUCAUACUCAAACUACGGCUCCACUUCUCUUGUAAGCAGGUGAAAUGUCCAUAUAUUGGUCCUAAAAUUCAUUGUAUUCACCGGACUGUGUUCGUUAUCAAAUUGUAAUUUUUUGAAAACAUAAAUUUUAUAAAGAUUUUUAUCUUCAGGUUUAAGACCUAUAGGAAGUGCAUUUAUUUUUCAGUUAAAUUUGCAAGAAUCAAAAUGCAGUACCUGCAGUUUCUUGAAUUUGUUUUCCUAAUAUUUCUUAAGUUGUGGUGCUUCUUUAACUUAGUUUAUUACAUUGAAAAUGUUUGUGUGUAAAGAUCUCUGAGAAGGUGCUGUUAAUGUCCUGUCUAUAGCUUUGUAUUAUAAAACAGGUACUGUCUACAGCUAUCAUUGUGAUUAUCUGUAGUUGGACUAGAACUUUGUGUGCAAUUUAAUCUAAUUGUGAAAUGCCUGAGUUUCUCUUCGUGAAUUUAUAUUUAAUAGAUUAAGUGCUUCUGCAGUAUUUGGCUUCAAAGUGAUUGUAUGUACUGGGUUAAUUGCAGUAUAAUUUAAAUGUAAUGUAGGAUACAUGUUUUAUGACUCUUCUAUCAAAAAAUUAGUUUGGCUGCCUUCAGAAAGAAGGCAAAAGGAAAAACUUAGUAUGAUUGUGUUUGUAGCUGUGUGUGUAUCUAUUGUAUGUUCUGAAUUGAAUGUAUCGGCAGGAAUUGACGCAGCCUGUGACUAGGCUAGAGAAAUAAACAUCUGAGAUGUGUUAUAAUUGACAUGUGAAGAAAAUUCUGAACUGUAGUUAAGAACCUUGAGACAAUCCAGGAGUGCUACCUGCAGAAGCACUAAGUUAAACUGUGUAAAUUUUGAAAUUGUGCUAAUUCCUCUAAAAUUCUUUCAGGUAUUUAAUAUUGUUUGUAUUUGAGUUAAUGUCAAAAUCUGGUUUUAUAAUUUGAAGUUUUCUUUUCAUUUGGCUUUUAUUUCUGCCUUGAAUGCUAAAAUGAGAAGCACCUUACUGGUUGGAACAAUCAGUUCUUCUGAGAGAAGGUAAUGAGGCCUGGAUAAACCACUGCCUGUACUUUGAUGCCUAAAGUUUUGGCUCAGUAAUGUCACUCAUACACUACAUACCUGUGCCAAACUAAAUAGUGGCCUGUGGAGUAUUGGUGUAAAACUUCAACCCUACCAUUUGCAUUUCUCUGCAAAAAAUGUAAUUUUGGAAUAUAAAAGUUAGCAGUUACAUUACUGUGCACAUAAUUACAUUACUGUUUCUGAAAAUACCUUGGUGCACCAAAGUGAGAACUUUUCUACAGUUCUUGGAGGCCUUAGUUGUGAAAUUAACAUUUUUGAUCCAGUGAUUAGGCCUUAGUAGUAAAGUGCCAGGGAAAUAUUUUUGUAAUUGGUUCUUUGAUUCUUCAGCUGAUGAGAAAUGCAAGGAACUAGAGUUGAAGUUGUGCAAUACAUGAAUUUGAGCCUAAACUUAAGGAUAUUACAGUGCAUGGAAUUGGUCUUCUUGUGCCUCUGAAUUGAUUCAUUUGGCUGUAAUGUAAGGUAUUUCAGAGGAGUAAAUGUACAAAAUUAUACCCUCGGCUAAUUGUGUUGAAUACUUGGGUUUGCCAAAGCAUUGUAUCAGUGUAAUGUAAUGUGGUUGUUAGAUACUUUUAAGUGUAAUAAAUUAUUCAGAAUGAGAA